GUUUCAUCCCGAUUUGAUCCCUUGUAGAUCGCCAAGCUGUCGAAAAAGCGCGCUCGUCUUUUAUUAAGUAUGAAGAGCGGGAUGGGCAUCUCUUCUACGAUGUUCGCACAUAACGUCAGCUUCUGAGAGAUAACCUCUACUCCACACAGAUCACCAAGCGCUGUGCACUUGCGGUCACCUAAUUAUCAGUCUUCUCUCAUUCUCCUCCCGACAUGCUUUGCAAGUCUCUCACCGCACUGGCUGCGGCCAGCCUGGCUUCCGCUGCGACGCCUUCAGGAUUUGAGCCGGCCUCGACCACAGAACUGAUCGUCACAUAUAAUGGAGUACAGGCGCAAAGUGGCUCUGUAGUAGCCAGGGAUGGGACCGCAAGUGAGCCCAAGCUGGCGACGACGCAGCGGCUCAACGGCACCUCGUACGCCGUGCUGAUGAUUGAUCUCGAUAUCCCGACCAACAACCCGCCACAGACCAACACCCUUCUCCACUGGAUGCAGACUGAUCUCACUCCCGCGACGGCAGCAACCGCUCUCAACACGAGCGCAGGGAACGCGAAUGCGUUUGCGCUGCAGACCGGCCAGACGACAGCCUUUGCGACUUACCUGCAGCCCAACCCACCGGCAAGGGUACCAUUAUCUCACCGGUACACCCAGAUUCUCGUCGAUACCACUGGCGUCCAACAGACUGCCCUCGACAGCCUCAAGUCCGCAGCCCAGAACCGCCAGGGCUUCAAGGCACAGGAAGUGCUCACCGCUGCCGGCCUGCAGAACAAAGUUGUUGCUGGCAAUUUCUACAACGUCACCAACGCUGGUCCUGCCGCCAAUUCCAACUCGUCGUCCUCUGGCGGUUCAGGCUCUGGAUCCAGCUCCGGUGGCGGUGAAAGCUCUGGCUCGAACUCUGGCUCGAACGGUGCCUCAGGAAGUGGUAGUCGCGGCGGCAACGGCACUGGUGCUGGUACCGGUUCUGGUAGCAACACAGGGUCCAACGGUACUAGGCCUGGCACCACCACGAACGGGGCCGUCGUCCAAGAAUCCAAGAGCAUGACCGCCUUGGUCCUUCUGGUCGUUGCGACACUCUUCUUGGGGGUGUAGAGAGGCGGACAAAUCCAAUGAAACGAUGCUAGUGACGACCUGUCUUUACAAUGAUUGUAAUGCGCUGAACUUUGGAAGGUGUUAAAAUGCCAGAUCUGCAGGCUUCCGGUCAUGACUUGUAAAUAUACUAUCACUAUUCAAGAUAGAAUUCAAAAGAACCAACCUUCACCAGUGGCCUGCUUGAACAGGCCGGCA